GUAGGGCUGGGCGAUUUUUCGAUCUCGAUUCGGGAUCGCGAUAAAAUUUUGAUCGAUCUCGAUUAUCUCCUUGUGACAUGUAUUCGAUCUCACAUGGCAAAAGUAAGCGCAACAACAGUGUCGGAGUCUGCCGGCUGCCGUCUGCAGGUAGGACAUGACACGCCCACUUCCCCUCGUGAGAGUAGCUGCAUUUGCGAGAGAGACAAAAAGAGACAACGAAGUUGGAAAAAGGAGAAAAAAUGAGUGAAAUUGAAGUCGGGGACAGCAAAAAUAAUGCCGAAGGUGAAAGCGACAUGACUCCAUCACCCGACACCGAAGAGAUUGUCGGAAAAAAGGGUAACGCGACGUCAGUUGUGUGGAGGUGGUUUGGAUACGGCAAACAUGACGAGGAGCAGUCGAAGCCGGUCUGCAAAAUAUGCCGGCGGUCGGUACCAGCCAGGACGGGAAACACCACAAACCUAUUCAAUCACCUGAGACGGCACCAUCCCAGUGAUUAUACAGAGAGUUUGACUCUGCGGGCUCAAGUUUGCCCGACACCAAACCAAGAGACAGGCAAGACCACUACGUCUCCCGUUAGCAUCGCUAACGGGAGCGAUUCUGUUCAGUUAGCAAAACAGCAGUCCAUCAGGUCGUGUUUUGCCGCCAUUUCCCCUUAUGAAAAACAAUCGAAGCGGGCUAAAAAUAUAACGAGCGCUAUUAGUUAUUGCUUGGCUAAAGAUAUGAUGCCCCUGAGCACAGUGGAGAGGGACGGCUUCAGGAAACUCAUCAAAGUGUUGGACCCCAGGUACGAGCUCCCUGGCAGAAAGUACUUUUCUCAAACGGCGCUGCCACAGCUUUAUGAUGAAUGCCGUCGUAAGCUGGAAAUCCAUCUUAAGGAUGUAAAAUACUUCGCCACUACCACCGAUCUUUGGACUAGCCGUACAUCUGAGCCAUAUAUGAGUCUUACAAUUCAUUUCAUUGACGAGGAGUGGGCUCUGCACAGCAAAUGUUUACAGACAGUAUACUUUCCAGAGGACCAUACUGGGGAAAUAAUCAGCCAGGGGCUGGAGGAUGCACUCAAAUCCUGGGGUCUUAGGGAAGACCGACAGGUGUGCAUCACAAGAGACAAUGGGGCAAACAUUGUCAAGGCUGUUUCCCUCAAUGACUGGACCCGGCUGCAGUGCUUUGGUCAUCGGCUGCACCUUGCCAUUGAGAGAAGUGCGAGAGACAAGAGAAUUGAGAGAGCCAUGGGUGUGUGCAAAAAAGUGGUUGGUGCUUUUUCAUUCUCCUGGAAAAAGAAAAAAGAACUAGCAGCUGCGCAGAAGGAGUUCGACCUACCUAAGCACCGGCUGAUAACAGAAUCACCUACCAGGUGGGGUUCUCGCCAUGCAAUGAUAGCACGAGUACUGGAGCAGGAGAAGGCCAUUUCAAAGGUUUUAUCUGCUGAUAGAAAAACAAGGCACCUGGCUCCCUCAUGGCAAGACAUCGAGGUCUUGGAGUCCAUCCACAAGGCCCUUAAUCCACUUGUUGAGUUCACCGAUGCCCUCUCUGGUGAAACACAAGUCAGUGUCUCUUGUGUGAAACCUGUCCUGCAGCUCUUCAAUAAGGAGAUCUUGAAGCCAGGAGAGGAUGACACAGAGCUAACCAAGGCCAUCAAAACCACUAUCACCACCUAUUUGAAUGAAAAAUAUGAUGAUGCUGCCACUGAUGACCUCCUUAACAUGGCAUCCCUUGUUGAUCCUCGGUUCAAGACCCGCUACAUCCAAGAUGACAAGGUAGAGACUGUGAAAUCCAGAGCUGUGGCACAGAUCCUAGGUAACUGUCAGAGCACAACGCAAUCUACUCUCACAUCCAGUUUUGGGGGAGGCAGGGCAGAUGCUGCAGCUUCAGCUCCACCAGCCAAAAUGCAGAAGAAGACACUGGGCAGCUUUUUCAAGAAGUCUUACUCUGUUUCUACCUCUAGUCUAACAGAUGAGCAGAAUGUUGAGGCUGAACUGAACAGUUACCUGCUAGCUCCAGAAGCAGACAGUGAGACCAACCCCCUGGCAUGGUGGAAAACCCACUCCACAUCAUACCCCAGAGUGAGCUUCCUGGCAAAGCGGUACCUCUGUAUUCCUGCCACCAGCUCGCCCUCGGAGCGUGCUUUUAGUACAAGUGGCAAUAUUGUGUCCUGCCAUAGAGCAGCUUUAAAGCCAGACGUGGUGGACAGACUUGUCUUUCUUGCAAAAAACCUGUAAUGGGGUAAAUGAUGUUCACUAGUGCACAAGUGCACAAGAAUAACUAUGAAUGGUUUACUAUGUUUACAUGUUGUGCAAUUUUGGCUCAGAUUUAAUCUUUCAGGUAGUAUUUGUGCCAGGGCCAUGUUAACUCUUUUUGCACUUGAGAUGUUCACUGUCCAGCCAAAGCAAUUUGAUGUGAUAGUUGUCACAGCUGUUAGUUUAUACUGUAUAAAGUUUCAAUAAGUAAAAGUUUAUAUUAUUUUGUAAAGGGAGAUGACUAAUGUUUGGAAUUACAAAUGAUUUGCACAACCUACCUAACAAGUUUAAAAUAUUUUUAUUUUUGCAUUUUUCAAUACCUAAAAAAAAUAGUAUUAUAUUAUAGUGGUUUAGUUUUUUAUAUUUAUUUUGUCUUACAGUUAAGAAUUAAAAGCACUUGAAUGUGUCAGAGGGUGUGACCUACAUGUUUACUUUUUUCUAUGUUAAUAAACUUUAUUUUAUAGUUU